AUGAAAUUAUCACAAAUUAAUUGUACAGUUCAUACUGAUGAACCAUUUAUUUUAUUUUGUAAAAAAUGUAAUACUUUGGUUUGUUCAGAGUGUAUGUGUAGUACUCAUCAACAACACACCACAAUCUCUAUAAAAACACAUUUACAAGAGAGAAAAGAAUCUAUCGAUACCACAACAAAGAAGCUAGCGGUAUUCGAUAAUCUAAAGUGGUUCGCUGAGCAACAUGCUCAUGUCACUGAGAAUGAAUCGAAAUCACUGUUGAUUUUCGAUGAACUCACCAAGUUGAUCAAUAACUACAAGUUCAAAUACGAAACCAAUAUCAAAAGACAAAAGAAUCUCCUCGAAGACUACGCCAAAGUCCAAUACUCCUACUUGGAGCAACUGAAUCAAGUUUCACUGUCUGCCACCACCAACGAAGUCAAUUCAGAAACAGCUAAAGUGUCCAUCGGUGACAUCCACACUCUAUCGAAAUCGUUACAACAGAAUAUUGAAAUAUCCAAGUUUGUUUUGGAUAUUAGAAAUUCCGCUAUGUUGGAGGAGCUUCUCGUUGCCACUGCCAUCAAAGGAUACAAACCAUCGAUAUCUCUCACCAUCGAACAAAUGCUCGCCAUUGUCGAGUCAAUCGAUCCAAGCUCACCACCAUUCAGUAAAGCCUACGAUGUAAAUUGUGAAACCACAGUAGAUGUAUCAUCCGAUUACAUUAGCCAAUUCUCCAACUUAUUAAAAGAGUCGGUAAAGUUAAAAUCCGAUAACUUUAUUUCUCCACAUUCUUCAUCUACUUCCAUUUUAUCAGAGGUUUUAGCUCCCGAUAGAAUCGCCGCUAAACCACUUACUAAACUCUAUUGUGUACAAGCAAAUAAGAUUGUCGGUUCCGGUGCAGGCAAUCCAAGAUCAAUAGCAGUUAUAGACCUGGAGGUGAACAAGAUCAAUAUGGAAUGGGCAUUUUUCAGUCGCUCCAAAGCCUAUAGCUCUGCUCCUAUCCUUUUGAAUAACAAGUUCUAUACGCUAGGCGGUGAUAUAAUGGAAAAAUCUACAUUUGAGGUGUAUAAUAUCAAUACAAAGUCUUCUACUAUCCACAACCUAGGAAAAGUUGUUGGUUCUAAUUUGGCUUGUGAUUCCGAUGGUCAACGUCAUAUCUACAUAACCAAUUCCGAUCGUGGAAAGUACGAAGAGUUCAUAAGAGAUUCCUACGAUGAUCUUGACAGUAGUUACCACACUGGCCACAAAGUUAUCAGUGGAACCGAAGCCGAUUUAACCAUUGAACGAUUAGAUGUUGUAACCGGUGAAUUCAAGGUGGUUGGAAAUUUAAAGGAGAAAUCGGGUCUGAUCUAUACGCAUUUGAUUUACUCUGCCAAGUACAAUUCACUGAUAAUCUUCAACAAUAAGAAAAUCCACAAACUCGAUCUCUCAAAGUCAUCGUUGGGCUACCAAAAUGUUUCAGUCGAAAUUGGUUCAACUUUGGCGAUCUACGAAAGUGCCAAGCUUAGUUUAGUCUACGAUGGAGACGAUAAGAUCUAUUUCAAUUCGAUUGGAGAUCGUAAUUUCUGUGUUCUCAAUAUCAGUGAUAACAGUCUCACCGCACUACCACAGCACUCCGAGGCAAUUCGAGCACUUGCCUACGAUAAGUACACCAACCAGAUUAUCAUAGCGAUAUCCUAUAGACAACCACACAAGCUUGGAUACUACAACUGCAAUACCAACAAGGUAGAAGUAUCCAAUCGUCAAUUAGAAAUACCAUCAAAUAUAUUCUUUCAUUCAUUGAUUGUAGCUGAAAAAUAG